AUGGAGGCUCAUCGUCGACGCCAACACCACAGCUGCGAUCCGUGCCGGAAGGGAAAGAGGGCCUGCGAUGCUCCCGCUCGCAGAGACCGGCAUGCUUCAUCUGUAUCAUCUACAUCAAGCCAGACUGAUGCUGGCAGUCGAAGGGCGCUACAAGAGAGCAAUCUCAACAUCCCGUGCUCGAACUGCAGGAAAUAUAAUCGAGAAUGCACGUUCAACUGGUUAGUUGAGAACCGGACCGCCGCGCGCGGUGGUCGAAAGCAGAAAGGUCGCAAUGCGAGCAACUUGCCUCGAGCUGAGGGAGACGUGGCUUCAAGUCGCUCGGGGCAAACAGGCCCGUUGGACGACUUGCUGUACUCCUCGUCAUGGCUAUCUAACAGUACGGGGAAUGCAGUGUCGUCGAUUGGUUCUGUCGAUCAGCCAUUGACUUGGCCAAUGGAACAAACGAAUGCCGUCUCGAUACCACUGAGAAGCAGGGAAUCUGAACUCGACCCGUUCAGUAUCAUGCUUUGGAACGCAAACACAGCACAUGUCCCACCAAGCAAUGCGGAAACGUCGGGCUCGGCCCCGGAUCGCGAGGACAGUUGUUCGAGUCUUGACUAUUACCAGCAGAGCUUGUCGAGUUCGGCGCCGAAAUCCCUCGACGAGACACUCGAUCUUCUUCGACAGUUCGAUGACUCAAGUCCGGGACUGAAUGAUUCCUAUUACUCUUCGUCCCCUGGCUUUGUGAUUCCGGACAGCGGUAGUGACGGUCUUUCACAAACGUUCUCAGCAGACAGUCUAUACCCCCCUGGCAACCAAGAUCGAAUCGACAACCUCUUUGUUCUUUCCGAUAGUAUUUCCAACAGCUAUGCUCGCUCGAUGAUGACCCAGAAUCUCGUCCGCAUAUACCAUGAUAGUAUGGAGAAUGCGCUGUCAUGCUGGCUCACAGAGCAGAACUGUCCCUACAACACGGCCGUCUCGCCAUACACCUCCGCACCGAGUGGGCUCUCCAGUAAAGCGCAAGCGGCAUGGGGACCGAACUGGACGAACCGGAUCUGUACUCGAGUAUGUCGGCUAGAUCGAGCAUACUCAUCCGUCCGGGGUCGAAAUCUGAGCGCAGCAGAAGAGAAAAUGGCAUCGAGAGCUCUCCACACCGCGAUCAUGGCGUUCGCCUCGCAGUGGGCGCAGAAGAUCCCAAGAAGCAAUGGCUUUUCUCCGACCUCGCCCGUCGCACAGCACGAGCGCGUCAUCCGGGAGACCUUGUGGAAUCAGGCGCGUCGUGCUCUGGAGAAUGCAGCGGGAGUUCCUUCUUUCCGGGUUGCGUUUGCGAAUAUCAUAUUCUCCAUCGGACAGCGUCCGCUCAACGUCGAUGAGGAUAUGGAGCUGCAUGAGCUGCUGGAGAAUGACAGCGCACCCCUGUUCAUGGAGGCGGCUGUGCGACAGCUGUUUUCCAUCCGAUAUAAGCUGACACGACUGGAGCGGCAGAAACCAAAGUCACGAAGUUCGCCGGAGCAGAGCAAUAUCGACGUAGCCAGCAUGGCCGAUACGCCCUCUCCGCAGACGGACGCGUUCUACGCCGACCCCGAGCACCAGGAAACCGUCAACCUUCUUUUCUGGCUAGUGGUCAUGUUCGAUACCCUGCAGGCCGCCAUGUAUCAGCGACCUUUGGCCAUCUCAGAUGAGGACAGCCAGAUAACGUCCGUUUCGCCGUCGGUCUCCAAUGAGAAAACCGACAGGGCCGUCGACCUCGACGGCUGGAACAUCUCAUAUACCCGCGCAUUAAAGGAGAAACAAGACCUGUGGGGGGAUUUCUUCCUGCACAAACGGGCCGCACGGCAGGGCUCGAACCCGCCCCGCUGGCCCUGCUCCUACGAAGAAGCCGCCGAGAUCCUCUCCGACGCAAGCCCCGUCAAAGUCCUGCUCUUUCGACAGGUCACCCGGCUCCAGACCCUCGUCUACCGUGGCGCGAGUCCCGAGCGCCUGGAGGAGAUCAUCCAGAAGACUCUCCGGAUCUACCAACACUGGAACACCACCUACAAGCAAUUUUUCCUGAGCUGCAACGCCAACCACGAUGACCUACCCCCGCGCAUCCAGUCAUGGUACGUCAUCGUCGCAGGACACUGGCACCUAGCAGCCAUGCUACUGGCAGACACGGUGAAAGGCAUCGACGAGGGCCGACUGGGCCUGGAAAGCCGCCGCGAGGCCCGCUGCGCAAUCGACUUUGUCGCGACCCUCCGACGGGACAACGCUCUGGCCGUCGGGGCGAUCGCACAGCGCUGUCUUCAGGGACGGGAGUCCCUGGCGAACCGGAUCCGCUUUUACCACGACUCUGUGAACGAGGCCGCCUUCCUGACCGAGCCGUGGACCCUCGUCCUCAUUCGCUGUUUCGCCAAGGCAGCGUACAUUCUUCUAGAUGACAUCACGCCCCUACCACAUGGUGGCUACGGCAGGGCGAGUGACGAUCCGUCGGAGUACGCCAGGAGGAACUGCGAGUUCUGCAUCUCGGCAUUGUGGUGUCUAGGGACGAAAUCGGAUAUGGCGUUUGUGGCUGCGCGCUCGCUGUCGAACCGGUUGGAUCGGAGAGUGGGGAAGGGUUACAGUCCGUUUUGUUCUGUAGGAGAGACCGUCCACAUCCCGCCUGCUAUGCCUCUUUUCGAUGAACGGAUAUCAGCGGAGUUGAGUAGUAUCCCGGUUUAG